GCCCGAUUACCAGGCAACAGGCCGACUCUCCCGAGCCGGAAACUAGCAUAAACCACGCCCUCCUUGUGGGCGCUGGCUGCCUGGCUUGUAGUGGGCGUGGUCAGCCGAUCUCCUUGACGCAAAACGCCGAGACUGCGCUGUAGCGCCGCCGCCUACUGGAUCAGAUUAAAAACAUGGCAGAUGGGCUGCCCAAAGAUGCCAAGGAGGCAGUGCUGAUGGCGAGCGAUUCUCUACCGGAAGGAACGCCGCAGAUCCGAGGAUACGAUUUCAACUGUGGGGUGAACUAUGAGGCCUUGCUGCAGACUUACAUCACAACAGGCUUUCAGGCCACGAGCUAUGGGCAGGCGGUGCGGGAGGUCAACAACAUGAUUGACACCAAGCUGUCGUCCCCUGGCGGAUGUACCGUCUUACUGGGGUACACGUCCAACCUGAUCAGCUCGGGAGUACGGGAAACGAUCCGAUACCUGGCAGAGCACAAGAUGGUGGAUAUCAUUGUCACCACGGCUGGAGGUAUAGAGGAGGACUUGAUCAAGUGCCUCGCUCCUACUUACAUUGGAGACUUCAGCCUCAAGGGGUCAGAUCUGAGGCCACGGGGCAUUAAUAGGAUCGGGAAUCUCCUGGUUCCUAAUAAUAAUUACUGUCUGUUUGAGGACUGGAUAACGCCGAUAUUGGAUCAAAUGGUGCUGGAGCAAGACACUGAGGGGACUAAGUGGACACCGUCUAAGAUGAUCGCUCGCCUAGGAAAGGAAAUUAAUCACCCCGAUUCUGUAUAUUAUUGGGCCCAGAAGAACAAUAUUCCGGUAUACAGCCCGGCGCUCACAGACGGAUCCAUCGGGGAUAUGCUGUACUUUCACUCCUACAAGAACCCGGGGCUGAGGCUGGACAUCGUUGAAGAUAUUCGGCGGCUGAAUUCUUCUGUGGUGUUUGCUAAGAAGACGGGAAUGAUUAUUCUGGGAGGAGGACUGGUGAAGCAUCACAUCUGCAAUGCCAACCUCAUGAGGAAUGGUGCAGAUUAUGCUGUUUACGUGAACACGGCGCAGGAAUUUGAUGGGUCGGAUGCUGGAGCCAGACCAGAUGAAGCCGUAUCCUGGGGAAAGAUCCGCAUGGAUGCUAAUCCAGUUAAGGUAUACGCAGACGCCAGCCUGGUUUUCCCGUUGCUUGUUGCUCAGACCUUUGCACAGAGAAAAGCUGAGUUCUCCAGCAGGGAGAAAGGGCAGGACUGAGGAGGACGUUUCCACUAUGGUUGCACUCUGAAUGCUGCGCUGUUGGCUUCCAUCCUCUGCUUCUCCUCCACAGGAGUGUAAUGGACAUGAUCCAGGCGUGUUACCUUGUGCAGACAUACAGCGCUGUGUGCACAUAGCUCAACACACCGUGCAGCUCUCCCGCUCUGGGUGACCAGAGUAUCUUGGAGUUGGGCUCCUCUUAGAACGUGAAGAGCAGUCACCUCCGUCAUACAGUAACUCUUCACCUUUAGCAGCCACUGUAAAUUAAAGGGGUUUUGCCAUUCAGCCAACUUUUCUCCUGGCAGGAGUACAGGAGGUAAGUGACUGAUCACCGGGAGUCUGACUGCUGGGACCCCCGCUAAUGCCAGAAUAGGGGGUUCAUACUCCUGCUCUGACUGGAGCUGAGUACAAGCUCUCGGCUAUGUCUGGUACCCCCAUAGAGCCGAUUGUAGGGGGAGCAUGGGUCCUGGUUCUCAUGAUUGGCUGUCGGACCACCCCACCGAUCAGACACUUAUCCCCUAUACAAAGGUUGUCUUAAUGGGACAACCCCUUUAAGUAAUGUUAUCUAUUGAAGUUGUAGCUGUCUGCAUGUAUGUGGGGGAGGGGUAUGGAAAUAAGAGAUUGUUAUCAAACUGUAACUGUUUUUAUUUUUUCUAAAAUACAAAAAAAAA